AUGAUUUGUAAGGAGGACGUCGUCAAUUGGUUCAGAGAUCUGAAGAGCUACAAUAGGAUAGAUACUAUGUGCGUCCUGUUAAACAUGUGCCUUCCGUUCGAGCUCCGCUUCCUCGGGACGUACCUAGAGGAGCUGGGCCGGCGUGACGCACCGGAGCUGCGCGGGGCCGAACUGAAGGUGAACAACCCCCAGGAGUUCAUUGCGGACAUCGCCUCGGGAGAGCCUACAGACCGGCGGAUCCGGCGCAAAAUGGCCCUCUUCCUGGCGCUCUUCCGCACCUGCAACCACACGUACGCUAACGAGCUGUUUAAAACGCUCGAAGGCUGGGGCGCCCGUGGUGACCUGCAGCGGUUGUUCGAGGAGGACGUCUUGCAGGAGCUACUGCUCGUGUACACGAUGGCCACCAACCAUCCGGUGUUUUCGUUCGAGCAGCGACUGCAUUGUGGUGAGAUUUUCACCAAGCUGAAAUCCUGUGAGCCAAAGCCUGCGCAGCGGUCACAUCAGCAGCAGGACUCGCGAGAAGAUUCCCUUGAGCACCAGCAUCAGCCAUCGCAUCACCAGCACCACCAGCCAGCAGUUUCUCAGCAUCAGCAUCACCAGCAGCAGCAGCAAUCGCGGCACCAGUCAAUGGAUUCGUUGCAUAGCAACAGUCCGCAGCAGUCGCCCAUUCAGCAGCAGCAGCAGCAGCAGCAGCAGCAGCAGCAACAGCAACAACACCAUCAACAACAGCACCAACCGGUGCAUCUGCAAAAUUCGACGCCACCACCAGCACCGGGAACGGCCACCCUGCACCAAGCACUGCCUCCGAACGCUCCGAUGUCAAUGCAACUUGUGCCGCAAAGUGGAGCGACCACCACGAUCGCUCUCAGCUACUCAGGACAACCGGGUUUGACACAGCUGAUCGCAAACGAUGGCUCGCUGACGACGGCCCAUUAUAUCGAGCCCCAGCCCCAGCUGACAUUACCCCAGCUGACGCAGUUGCCACUGCAACCCGAUUUCACGAUUCCGCCACCCGGUCCACCUUCCACAGGAGUGCAUGCCCGGUGGGCACAUCCCGUUUAUCCACAGUUAUCCUACCCACCACCACCGUCUUCACCGCAUUUGAGCAAUCCCUCCUCACCGAUACACAGCCGGACCGCCAGUCCGACGCGGAUUCAUCCUAGCAGCGUUCAACACCGAAUUAGCCGGAACCAACAAAACGACCAACAACAGCAACAACAGCAAAGCCAAGUUCAGAUGCAGAGUUUAAAGACUGUCGACGAGGACCAGACAAUGUUGAUGCUCAGCCUGAUGCAAGUGCGGAAUGGUAUGCGGCCGACACACAACACACUGCCCCGGCAGUCGAAGCAAAGCUACGUUAGUCAGCUACCGCCAUAUCACCAUCAGCAGCCGCAGCAGCAACAGCCACAGCAUCAUUCCCAACGGGGUGACGGUACCAGCGGAAGUGGGAACUAUCAUUCGCUCAACUACAGCAUGAAGGGUGGCAUGAUCAUGGAUAACAUAAAUCAUCAGUCAAAGUCGACCGGCAGCGAUUCGGGCAGCUCGAUCGGAUCCGAUGUCUCGCCACCGGAAACACCGGGCGUGGUGUCCGUGAGCGCUGGCGGCGUGGCAGGCGGUGUGUCGCACGCUCGCUCCUCCAAUCGGUCCAACAUGCGCAACGUUAAUGGGCGAUUUGAUAAGCUGAACUACUCCCAGCAGCAGCAACAGUUUGCGGGCGGCGAUCUAAUGGUGACAAGCGUGGGUCAAAAUUUUCUCACCACCGGCACGACUAAUGGUGCUGCGAUGAGCAGCAAUGGCAACAAUGGCGCCAGCGGUAGUAGCGUUGUGUCCGGUCCGCUUCUGAAUAGUCCUGCUGCUGCCGCCCCUCCGCCUCCGCCCGGUUCGACCGGAACGAGCCUGAUGCUCAGUACGCAGCCAUUUGCCACCGGUCCGUAUGCAGGCGCUGCCACCGCCUACCAAGCGGUGUCCGCUGCGACGCACUUGGUGCAACAACACCGACAGCUGACAACGGCUACUCUCCCGCACGGUACCCCGUUCCGGCCAGUGCCCUAUCCGGCGGCGAUGCAGCAAAGCACGCCCGACAGCCCACUUUACCAGUACCAUCCGUCCGCUGGGGCGACGGUAGGUGCUGGUCCUGUGCCACCGAGUUCUCUACCUUUCCUCCCAACGCCUCCUCCACCUGGACCUGGACCAGCCAGCUCGACCGCCAGCACUCAAACGUCCCUUCCCAAUUUACGAUCAUCUCCGUCACAACCAUCGAUGGCGGUGGCCACCUCGCAGCAAGCGGCUAGCUCACUUGGUUUGUUGCAAGCCAAAGGGCCUGGUACUGGAUACGGUGUCACCACGACGACGUUAGCAUUGGUCGGGACAGCCUUUGGAACCGGGGCGGCCUCUUGUUACAACUGUGGCUCCCAGAAGCACGGUGGGCUCGAUUGUCCCGAGGCUUCCAUGGAAGACAUGACACGCAACUCAAACUUUACACUCGACUACAACACCACCUCGUCCGGACCGUCGUCUGUAACGAUCAGUGGUGGGACGCUGGGAGUGGCCAGCAACAACAACAACAACCUUAAUCCUAGCACCAUAAUCAGUCUACCGCCACCAAUCGAUCAUGCGCCGACAAGUGCGGAUCGGGACAACAGCACCAGCAGCAGCAGUAGCGCCAGCAGUAGUAGCGGUGUGAGUAAGAGCAACAAUAAUGCCAACAGCGCCAACAACAACGGAAACAAUAGUAGCAAUAGUAGCAACAAUAGCAAUAACAGUUCGCUAGAUGUGCCGUCGAGCUUGACGUCGACGUCGUCCUCGAUGGCGGCGGUAGGUGAACCUACGAGCGUUAGCGGUGCGUCAGCAAGUGGUGCAGCAGCAGCGGGUAGCAAUAGUAGCGGCAGCAGUAGUAAUAGCAGCACCGGCACCAGCAGUAGCACCACCAACAGUAAUAGUAACAAUCUCGUCAACGCCAGUGGUAAGUGA